AUGCUCCGCGUUCUGAUGAAAACCGGUACUAGCGAUGGUAGUUGUGGUGGUUCCAUCUCUGAGCGAGAGGAGGGCACAUACGUUGAUGUUACUCUAAACUGGAAUAACGGGGAAGCCGUACGUGUCCCAGCGUUGGUGUUUGACGACGAUCGGUUGAGUAUGACGACGGUGUUCAAUGUGUACUGCGGUUUGAGACGAAACAAGCACCCCGACGCUCUUCUUCUUUGUGACUGCUGGAACUGUUUGAUGGCAGUCAUGGAGCGCAAUUUGCGGCGGCAGAUCGGGGCGGAUGGGGCGCCUCUACUGGAUGAAGUCAGGACAGAGGAGCUCCUCGCACUCUGCACGCUGCUGCGCGGGAAAUACGCCAUUGACGAACCUCCAGCCUCUCAGAGACGCAAUGUGGUGGUGCACAGCUUUCCAGAAGAGCUUUUCCAGUGUCUGUCGAAUGCAUAUCGUAACGAGAGGUCGACGCGAUUAGGGGUGACUUCCUUUGCGAUGGUUGUUUUUGACGCGUGCUCCAUUCGACGGCUGAUUGGUUUGGCUGUUGUCUUGUUGCUUUCACCUGACGCGGUGUUCAAGACGGUCUUCGGGGUUCAAACAGAUGUUAACUGGAUACCUCUUUACAUCGCAGAAAUGCAGAAGGUGACCGCCGCGGAUUUACCAGCCAAAGAUUCUGUCUUUCGUUUCAUCCAAAAACACCUCCAAGGUAAACCGGGAACCCUUGCAGCGAUCGCAGUGGCUUCUAUAGGGCCAAUUGAACUUCUAUAUUGUCUUCGCGACAUCACUGUCCAAUACGCACUGAUGGACCUCGUGAUGUCCUUCCGACUCAGUGCGUAUUUAGCUCUUUCUACUGCUGACUAUGUACCUGACGACAACUGGGCUCUGUCACAGCGCGUUUCAAAUGCCCUUUGGCAGGCAUCGAGCUCUGUGAUGGGUGAGCUGCAGAAUCAGGUGCCAUGCUUACUGCACACGUUGUACAGCUUGUGGGUCGCCCUUCGAUUUCCAUUAAUGGCACUGGCUAUGUGGGUGGGGACCCAGUGGGGCGACCUCGUGGACUUUCUCACUGAGUCGCUCUACCUUGAAUCACAGCACGCCAAGAGUUACUUUGUUUCUGGUGAAAUGGCUACGGAAGAAGAGGCGACGAUGGAGGAGGAGGAGGAGGAGGAGGAGGAGCAGCUGGAAAGCAACAUUGACGAGAGUUCCAGCAGACACACCACUCGAAAUGACCGGCUCAAUUCUACGUCACCUAUACAACUACUUAUGAGAACCAGGAGUUAUCUGCAUAGUGACGAAUCAAUUGCCGAGGGAAGAUACAGGUUAGUUGUCUCUCCAAAUGUUGUGGGUAAAGACUCAAUGGCACAUCAUGGCUUGACUCUCCUGGUGCUUGUCUGUAUUGAGUCGAAAAUGGUCGAGAGGCCACCUUGGAUCCUCUUGAUCCGGCACGUUUCUUGGCCCAUAUCCCCCAGGGUAUAUGCAGUGCAUAUUGUACAAGCACUGGAUCAGGCUCCGCGAGGUGACCAAUUGGCGGUGGGCCUCCAAAAACUUCAAUGGGUCAAAACAGUCAUAAAGAAUACGUUGGAAACAAAUGGGAAGCAUGAUCCCCAUGUUCGUGGCAGUUCGCAACGUCGACGGGAAUAUAUACGAGAGUUUACCACCCUCCGACAGGGAGGCGUUGAGUUGGCUGCGGCAAAGACAGCUGUCAACUAUACAACACUUUCCAAAAACGGCAGCUGGGAGGAUUCACUCCGUGAUGUGUUUCUUGGGGCGUUCAGAACAGCAAAUGCGAUGCCACUGCUCCUCGCAUCUUUAGCAGUGCUAUAUGUACCACAGGGAUAUCUGGAGCAAACCGCAUUUGAGCAAAACAACGUCAUGCUACAUCUUCGGUUUAUACAGCAUCUGUUUCCCCUGUUCCCGUCCCUUAUUGGCCUUUUCUUUGAAGAGAAUGGCCUUAGUGAGGCACAGGUCGACAUUGCUCGUAUUCGACGAGACCUGGCAAUGAGCGGUAGUUCAUUGGGUUGCUAUCAGGUUCUGAAAAAGCUUCAGUCCUUGGAGCAAAAGAUAGAUCGGCCGGUUCCAAACCCACACCCACCAAUGGAGGGAGCGUGGAGAAUUGAGUUCUGCGAUGUGUCGUUUCGAUACAGUGAGAAUCAUCCUUACAUUCUCUGGCGUGUAUCCUUCACUAUCGACAAGGGAACAUCCCUUGGUAUUGCUGGGUACAGUGGUGCUGGUAAGACAACCUUAUUGCGGUUGCUAAAUCGAACGUACACUCCAACAUCCGGGGACAUAUUCAUUAAUGGUUUCCAUAUAAAGCAGUACCCAGUCCGAAUGAUACGGCGGCGGAUCGCUAACGUGUGGCAGGAAGAAAAUUCCCUUCGUUUUUUUAAUAGACUCUCGAUUGCGAACAAUGUGGCUCUUGGGAAUCUCUGGAAUUCUUCAGAAGACAACAUUAAUGCUGCCCUCUCUUCCGCACAGGCACUGUCAUUUGUGCAGAAGCGAUCAUCAGGCAUUCACUCCCCACUACGUGUAGAUGAGUUUAGUGGUGGAGAGGUAGAGCGUCUUGGUAUCGCUCGGGCUUUUAUGAAAAGAGGCUUGGAGGCGAGCCUAUACAUUCUUGAUGAGGCGACGAGUGCAAUUGACACAACUACAGAACAGAAGAUUUUUGAUUUCUUGGGCCUACGCAGAGAAGAGGCCACGUCUCGGCAUACCACUUUUGUGGUUGUUGCUCAUCGCCUCGCAACGUUGAGACACACAGACAAAAUUCUUGUACUCAACGACGGAAGGGUUGAGCAAAUCGGCAGUUGGGAAGAACUGUGUGAGAGUGAGCCUAAUUCCUGUUUCUGGAGGAUGUUUAGGUCCCAGCAGUUACCGUUACCUAAUCCUUAA